GUGCUGUCGGUGGCGGGAGAUUCCAGCAUGGCGGUGCAACCAAAACAGAACUUGUCCAUGGACAGCGCGUCCGAAACCGGGUUUAUAAACUUUUAUUUUUCCAUGCCCGAAAAACCGGACACUACGGUGAGAAUAUUUGACCGCAGCGAUUACUACACCGUGCACGGAAAAGAUGCGAGCUUUGCUGCAAAAGAAGUUUUCAAGACGAAUGGAGUUAUUAAAAUGCUUGGUGCAGGCAGCAGGAAGCUGGAGAGUGUGGUACUCAGUAAGAUGAACUUCGAGGCGUUUGUGAGAGACCUGCUGUUGGUCAGGCAGUACCGUGUGGAAGUCUAUAAGAAUAAGUCGGGAAGCAAGAGCAGCAAAGAUCACGACUGGCAAAUAGCCUACAAGGCCUCUCCAGGAAACCUGACCCAGUUUGAGGAGGUUCUGUUUGGUAGUGGAGGAGGUUUAGGGGAAGGGGCUGCUGGAGUGGUCGGGAUCCGUAUUGGAACAGCAAGUGAUGGACAGCGUGUCGUGGGUGUCGGGUAUGUUGAUAGCAUACUCCGAAAGCUCGGGGUGUGCGAGUUUCCAGAUAAUGACCAGUUCUCCAAUCUGGAAGCUCUCCUCGUGCAGAUAGGACCGAAAGAGUGUGUGCUUCCUGCUGGGGAUACAGCAGGAGAUCUGGGUAAACUAAGAGAGGUUGUGCAGCGUGGAGGCAUUCUCUUCUCAGACAGGAAGAAGGCAGAGUUUACAACCAAAGACAUAGUUCAGGAUCUGAACCGUUUACUGAAGACUCAGAAGGGAGAGACCGUGUCUAGUGCCGCACUCCCAGAGAUGGAGAAACAGAUUGCUAUGUCCUCUUUGGCUGCUGUCAUAAAGUAUCUGGAGCUUCUUUCUGAUGAGGCCAACUUCAAUUCCUACAAAAUGACCACAUUUGACCUGAGCCAGUACAUGCGGCUCGACAACGCUGCUGUGAAGGCACUUAACCUCUUCCAAGCUUCCUCUGAUGAUCCUACAGGUACACACUCCCUAGCAGGACUUUUGAACAAGUGUCGAACACCUCAAGGCCAGCGACUGGUCAGCCAGUGGCUUAAACAGCCUCUGAUGGACAAAAACAAGAUUGAGGAAAGGCUAGACCUUGUGGAGUGUUUUGUGGAGGACUCGGAGCUGAGACAGAGCUGCCAUGAGGACCUUCUGCGUCGCUUGCCUGACAUGAAUCGCCUGGCUAAAAAAUUUCAGCGUCAGAACGCCAACCUGCAGGACUGUUAUCGUGUGUACCAGGCUGUGGGUCAGCUUCCAGGCCUGGUGCUGGCCUUAGAGAGACAUGCUGGCAAACAUCAAGUCCUGUUGCACGCAGCGUUCAUUACACCCCUCAAUGACCUCGUCUCUGAUUUCUCCAAGUUUCAGGAGAUGAUUGAAACUACGCUGGACAUGAACCAGAUUGAGCACCAUGAAUUUCUGGUAAAACCCUCCUUUGACCCCACACUGACUGAACUGAGGGAGAACAUGGACCAGCUGGAGAAAAGCAUGCAGGCAACUCUAAACAGUGCAGCCCGAGAGCUUAAUUUGGAUGCAGGCAAGACGAUAAAGCUGGAAUCCAAUGCACAGAUGGGAUACUACUUCCGUGUCACCUGCAAAGAGGAGAAAACCCUGCGCAACAAUAAAAAAUUCACAACUUUGGAUGUGCAAAAGAACGGAGUGCGCUUCACCAACAGUAAGCUGAGCUCUUUGAAUGAGGAGUACACCAAAAGCAGGGAAGAGUAUGAGGAGGCUCAGAACGCCAUUGUAAAAGAAAUCAUCAGCAUCGCUGCUGGCUAUGUGGACCCACUGCAGAUCUUGAAUGACGUGGUAGCCCAGCUAGAUGCAGUGGUGAGCUUUGCGGUCGUAUCCAAUGCGGCCCCUGUGCCCUAUGUGAGGCCUACGAUACUGGAGAAAGGUAGCGGCAGGUUAAUCCUGAAAGGAGCACGUCAUCCUUGUGUGGAAGCCCAGGACGAUGUGGCCUUCAUCCCCAAUGAUGUGACCUUCACUAAAGGAAAGGAGAUGUUCCACAUCAUUACAGGUCCAAACAUGGGUGGGAAAUCCACCUACAUCCGUCAGGUGGGUGUGAUCGUGCUGAUGGCGCAGGUUGGCUGCUUCGUGCCAUGUGAUGAAGCGGAGGUGAGUGUGGUGGACAGUGUGCUGGCCCGUGUUGGUGCAGGGGACAGCCAGAUUAAAGGAGUGUCCACAUUUAUGGCUGAGAUGCUCGAGACAGCCUCUAUCUUACGUUCUGCCUCUGAGGACUCUCUGGUCAUAAUUGAUGAACUGGGAAGAGGAACUUCCACAUACGAUGGCUUCGGCUUGGCUUGGGCCAUCUCUGAAUACAUUUCCACACGCCUGAAGUCCUUCUGCCUGUUUGCCACUCACUUCCACGAGCUGACCGCUUUAGCACAGCAAGUGUCUACUGUGAACAACCUCCAUGUCACUGCACUGACCACAGACAACACUCUCACCAUGCUCUACAGAGUUAAACCUGGUGUGUGUGACCAGAGCUUUGGGAUUCAUGUGGCUGAGCUGGCUAACUUCCCCAAACAUGUCAUUGCUUAUGCUCGGGAAAAGGCUUUGGAGCUUGAGGAGUUUCAGGACGUGUCCAGAGCUGAUGAGGAUGCUGGACCUGAAGCUAAAAAGCGCUGCUUGGAGAAAAGGGAUGGUGAGAAGAUUAUUGAGGAUUUCCUGAGAAAGGUAAAGGCUCUGCCUGUCCAGGAUAUGACUGAUGAGGCUAUCAAAGAAGAGCUGCUCAAACUGAAGGCUGAGGUGGUCGCUCAGAACAACUCCUUUGUUAAUGACAUAGUUGCACGUACUGAGAAUGCGAAAACUAUGUUGGCAUAAAGCUUGACGCGAUGUGAAAUCCAUUUCCUCUUCCAUGUGUAUAAUACUCUAAGAAUAACCUAUUGCUUAAACUUGUUUUAGAGUUGUGUCCUUUUGCAUUUCAUUGUUUUUCCUAGUAAACUACUGUAUCCUGCCUA